UUCGCUGCAUCUCGUCGAAAUCAGCACCUUCCGAUUCCUUUCCAACCACGAAUAGUCUAGCGUCGCUCUCUUCGACGUCGGCACAAUCUUUGAUCUUUUGCGCAGGUGCCUUCGUCGCGCAUUCAAGCUUGACACGCGAGCCCCGGCGGCCCGCACUCACACGCUCUUGACUGCCCAUCAGCUCAUGUUCCUACAUGCCUGCUUAUCACACGCACUCACACAAAGCUGCCAGCACACCUCUGGAUCAACGCACACAGCAUCGCGUCAAGUAUUAUGUCACGAUCAGCGCUCAACAUUGCCACUGUCGGCCCGUCGAGAUGGCCUCAAGCAGUCGAAUGUGCUUGCCCAAGCAUUCUCAAUCCCAGACAUGCGGCACAGUUGCGACUGUAUGCUAGCAGCGCAACAGCUCGAAGGAGAUUCAGCAGCUCAGCUCGUGCGGAUCAGUCAGAGGCUCAUGGCGGACCACAAGCGCACGCGACGGCGCGAGAGGGGCAACGAGGCGGUGGAGGCGGACUUCUGAGGGCAGCGCUGCUGGGCGUUUUCGGAGCUGGAACAUACUUGCUGGGCUCAUUGUAUCCACCAAGCUACAUUAGCUUGCUAUACCCAGCACCCGCGCCUCCCAAGCUGGACAAGGACUCUGAAGCGGGCAUCGCUCAUUGUGCAGAGAUCGAACGAAAGCUGCUCACCUUGGCUGCAGUUCAAAAGCUCAAGGCGAGCGCUAGUCCGGCUACUCCCAACUCACCCUUGCAAUCAUCAACCGAUCAAGCAUCUUCUGCUGCGCCUGUCCAACUACCAAGCGGAUCAAACCCUGUCACUGAACCGCCCAUGGAGUCUGCCAAUCCCACCAACACAGCACACUACAUCAUGUCUCGUCCUUAUGCACGCUUUCCAGCUUCCAAAGCGCUGCACAGCCUGACUGCUGGCUCGCUGCGUGGUCCAGGAUUAUUCGCCACUGCUCCGUUGGUGAUGAGCCUGACUCCACACGGAGCUGGAGCACUGGGAGGUCACGAAGGAGAUGCGUACGCCUUUCUUCACCUGGGCAGAUCCAUGUGCGGACACGACGGUUUGAUACACGGAGGCUUGCUGGCUACGGUGCUGGACGAGACGUUGGCACGAACGGCCUUUUUCAGCUUGCCUCAUCACGUCGGUGUGACGGCGCGCUUGGAAGUGGACUAUAGAGCCCCGGUCAAGGCGGAUCAGUUUGUCGUGGUCAGGACGGAGAAGGUGGAGUCUAAAGGAAGGAAGUGCACGGUGCAAGGUAGCAUACAAAGCUUGGAUGGGCAGAUCUUGGUACAAGCCAAAGCCAUCUUUGUGGAACCGAGAAUGGCGAAGUUUUUGGACAACAGUCUAGUCAAACAGGCCAUGGAUACGGAUGGAGAGGCAGCAAAAGCGCCCUUGAUCACUCCCGGCAUUGCUCAAAAAGCUUAAACUUGUCCGACCACCACGAAUGACAGCACUCGCAGCCGCCCCCUUACCACACAUUGCAACGUCAUUGAGAAUAGAUGAGAAGUCACACCUUCAUGGGUUGAAAAGGGC